AUGCCUUUACUACCUUACCAGUCCCCGCCUCUCCUAGCACUUGACUCUACUCACCGAGGGUCCCUGGUCGUCAUCGCCGGUGCGAUAGCAGGUGCUGUCACCUUGACUGGCCUGUUGAUCAGAUUGUACAUCCACCUUGCGAUCAACCCACACUAUGGACGAGAUGACUACUUUCUCUUGGGCGCAGCAGUUGUCGCUUUCUGCCAGUCUAUAUUAGUAUUUGUCUCAGUGUCCAAGGGUUACGGCACAUCUGCCGACCUAAUAAAUCUUAAAGAUCUAGUGGUCUUGCGACGAGCAUUUUUCUCCAGCGAGAUUCUAUAUCUGGUUACCCUUUACCUUGCAAAAUGCUGUGUUAUAUGCAUCUUCCUCAAAUUAACUCCCAAGAAAACGCAUAACCGUGCUACAUUGGGAGCUCUUGUUUACUGUACACUAUGGGUUAUUGGCUCAAUAAUGACAGUCGGUAUCAAUAGUGGUGUCCUCGACAGGACAACUCUCAGGGCCGUUAGUGUAUCCUACUGCAAACUCAAGCUCAACAAAUGGCGAGGGAUUGUCUCUUUUGACGUCUUGUCCGAAAUAAUAAUAUUUAUUCUUGCCGUUCACCUUAUCCAGGAACUUCAAAUGAGAUUUCGAACAAAAGCUGUGGUUCUGAGCGCUUUUGCUGCCCGGUUACCAUUGAUAGCCCUAGCCAUAAUACGGCUUCAUUACCUUAACAAAUGCGGCGCUCAAACAAACCUCACCUUGGAUCUGGUGGAUUCAUCAGUGUGGACCCAAAUCAGUCUAAACUACAGUGUGAUCGCCUGCACCAUAUUCGCACUUAAGCCAUUCACAGCAGCUGUGAGCACAAAUUACGGCACGGCAGGCGACCAAUCAUUGCAAAACUCAAAAAACAACAGUCAUGGAAGUACUGUUGACAACACCUGCUCUCGCGAUCUAGAAAGUGGAACAUACACGUCUAGAUCGAAAGAGCAUAAUUUUUCUCGGCCUCACACUAGCAACAGCACACACCAUAGCCAAAAGAAACAGAGGCCACGACGAAAAAGCCAACUUUCAACAUCCUUAUCCCGAUCUAUAGCAAACAAGGAGGCCAAGUCCCAACCCUCACUUCCGCGAUUUUCACUCUUCUCUCCAUCUUCACCUACACGACACCAUCAACGUCUGAAAUCAUCAGACGAACGCCAUGAAAUGGCAUCAAUAAACUCUCAUAUACCUCCAGUACCUACACUUCCACAAAACCAGACAUCCAAAAAUACUCACACACGCACCGCAAGCCGCGGCGUACGAGUGCCGUUCCUACACAAGGGGGAGAAAAGGGGCACUGGGUCCAUGGAUUCCCACGGCUCUCUUUCUGGAGUCGGGUCGAUACAUGGGCCUGGCCCCGUAGCAUCAGAUACAAUCAUCGACCCGCCCGCUGCGGCCGCAACAACAAUAACUACAGCGAUCACGGCGGGGGGAGGGGAUAGGAUGGAAGCGAAUUCAGAGGCGGAUUGGAAUGAUGAUAACACAAAAUUGAUUAUCAAGAAGGAUAUAGAGUACACUGUUCAGUAUGGAGACUGA